AUGUACAUCGAGGGAAGGGGCUCGGAGGUGCCAGAAGCGACACCAAUGGGCACAUUAUUACUGCGCGGUGGAACAUGCCGCACGCGGGGCAGCAAGGGGCCUUGUCACCAGGAUGAGUUCAUGCACGAUCGACCUUUUAGCGGCCUCAAUAGUGCGAACCAGUUUAGUCCGGGCCGCUAUAGUCUGGCCCGUUCGAGUUAG